GCUGAGAACUCAACCACCGACUCAGACACGGACAACUCAAACAGUGACAGCAACAGUAAUAGUGAGAGUGAAAGCGAGUUCAUGUCCUCUAACGCGGAGUCCAUAUGCUCAGAGGACGGACGCAGUUUAGAAAGGGAUAGUGACACCAAACACACACCUGUGCGUGUGUGGCACGGACCUCCACUCGAUAGCGGACCGAUCUUUGCCGAGAGAGAGGGCAUGGACUUUGUAUACGUUAGCGCAAAAACAG